UCUCAUAAUAAUAAUAAAGAUAGAUAUCUAUUAUAAGAACAGAGAUUGAGAUCUCUUUCCUGUGCCUCCUGUUGCCCUCCCUAUCUGAGAGGUGGAUUAGUGCUUUCCCAUAUGUUCAAAUCCUGGCUCGGUUGCGUUGCUUCUUGGACUCGAGAAUAUGAAAAGAUGCCAGAGGUGUCAGUAGUUGGAUUUGAGAAAGAAACUCAAACUGGGCUUUCCAAAGGCCACACAAGUCUCAUGGUGUUCAUAAACAAAUGUUUAUCCCAUCCAAAGUUAAAAUGAAACCUGUAAAUUGCCCCGCCCUCUUGGCAGCUUUUGGCCCUGAAGCUCAACAUAGUUUAUUUGUUUAUCAUUAUACUAAUGGUAUGUUGAAGUCCAGUUGAAGUUGAUGGGCAAAAGGCAAAAGGAACGCGUUUGUUGUUUUGUUUGGCAUAUGUUUGUAGAGAGAGAGGAGAUUCUACUUGCCUUCUACUCUCUUGGCUAAAGCUAUCAGAAAUGGUGCUUUCAAUUAGCGGGCUUAUGAAAAGACUUGAGUGUUAUUAUAUAUAGCAUGAUGAAUUGGGAAAUCAUAUGACUGGGUUAUUUGACUGCCAACCAUCUUAUUCAGUUAACCAUGUUACAGAAGAUCGCCACUGGUUCAGAAAAUGCAAUUGUGGCUGGAAAAACUACACUCACCCUCUCCUCGCUGUUUACAAACCCACUUUCAGUCUCUUCACCAAAAUCCAAACCCAAUAACGCAAACACAAAACCUAACUCUUUUUUGGAUGCAAACAAGUUGAAUUGUCACGUGAAGAGCCAGUGUAAAUCAGGUAUAGUCAACCUCGAGAACGCACAACAAUAUUUCCGUCAACUAAUCCAAGCUAAGCUUAUUCCUUCAAUUGAUACAUUUAAUCAUUUAUUAACUUCAGUUUCCAAGUGCAAGGGUUACCUUUUACUGUUUUCUAUGUAUAGAAAGUUAAAUUAUAGAGAAAUUAAGCCUGAUUUGUAUACUUUAAACAUUUUGAUCCAUUGUUGUUGUCGUAUGAGGAAAGUAAAACAUGGGUUUGGUGUGUUCGGUAAUAUUUUAAAGAGGGGUUUUGAGCCUGAUUUGAUUACAGUUACGACUUUGCUUAAGGGUCUGUGUUCAGAAGGUAAAGCUUUGGAUGCGGUUAAGGUGUUUGAUAAAAUGAGUGAAACAGGGUUUCAAGGUGAUGUUUUCGUAUACAGGCUUCUCAUUAAUGGCCUUUGCAAGAUUGGUGAGAUGAAUUUUGCUCUUCAGUUGCAUAGGAGUAUGAAUUGUAAGGCAAAUGUGAUCACUUAUAGUUUGAUUAUUGAUGGUCUUUGCAAAAAUGGACGUGUUGAUGAGGCGAUAAAGGUGUUAUUGGAAAUGACAAGAAGAGGAAUUAGCCCUGAUGUUAUUGUUUAUAGUUCAUUGAUUAAUGGGCUGUGUAAUUUCAGUCGGUUGAAGGAGGCUGUUGAAUUUUUUGAUGAAAUGGUUGGUCAAGGGAUUACUGCAGAUUUGGUAAUUUAUAACUCAUUGAUUCAUGGUUUUUGUCAAAUGGGAAUGUGGAGUGAAACCAAAAGAGUUUUUGAACAGAUGAUGGGAGAAGGAAUUUCACCUGAUGUUGUAACUUACUCAAUUUUGAUAGAUUGUCUAUGCAAAGAGGGAAAGGUGGGAGAAGCCACAGACAUUCUCGGUUUGAUGAUUAAGCAAGGGAAAGAUCCUAACUUAUUCACUUAUAACUCACUAGUAGGUGGUUUAUGUUUGGUUGAUCGACUUGAUGAUGCUGAAAAAUUGUUGGCAACGAUGGUGGGUGGAGGUUUUCAGCUCAAUGUAUACAGCUACAAUAUAAUGAUGGAUGGCUAUUGCAAGAGUUGGAAGAUUGAUAAAGCAAUUCACCUCUUUCAAGAAAUGCUUCGAAGGGGAGUGAAGCCUACUACAGUUACUUACAACACACUGAUCACUGGAUUUUUCCAGGCAGGGAGAAUAAGAACCGCACAAAAGCUGUUUAAUGAGAUGGCUACUGCUGGUGUAUCUCCAGUGUUAGCUACAUAUGCAGUCAUGCUAAAUGGGCUCUGCAAAAAUGGCUGUAUUGAGGAGGCAUUGGAUGUUUUCCACUCCCUUGAGACUUCCAGAUAUGAACCAACCAUCGAGGUUUUCAGUAUACUAAUUGAUGGUAUGUGUAGAGUAGGUAGAUUGGAUGAAGCACAAAAGAAGUUUGAUGAGAUCUCAAAGAGAGGCUUGGUUCCUGAUGUUGUAACAUACAACAUAAUGAUCAAUGGCCUCUGCAAGAAAGGGAUGUUAUUGGAGGCUGAUAAGCUGCUAGUUCAAAUGGGUGAAAAGGGAUGUUUACCAGACUCUAUCACAUUCAACACCAUCAUCCAGGGCUUUCUUCAAGAAAAUGAUGUCGAUAAAGCAAUGCAACUUCUGAUGAAAAUGCGAAACAGGAACUUGUCGCCAAAUGAAGUAGUCACUGCAAUGCUACUACAGCAUGUCGUGGAGGAUGCUGGAUGCCGCGAAAUGAUUGAGUCACUUCCAAAUGUCUCCUGUUGUUCUUCUGUAGAUUCUGUACUAUGGGGUAACAGAGAUCCCAUUAAAUCAGUAGCUACAUCUUUCUCUGCGACAUGAUCAAAUACAAUUUCUCAUUUUUUAACAUCUGGACUUCCAUGUUAAAAAAGUUAUUAAUUCAAUACAGCUGCCCUUUUGGUUUUCAGAUCGAUAGGGCAGUAUUCCAAGGCAAA